ACCGCCAGCUCAGGAGCGCGACGCCAUUUUGACCCCUCUCUCUCUCUCUCUCUCUCUUUCUCUCUCUUCUGCGCUUCGCUCGUUGGAUGCUGACGAGUCGUGCGGUACUGGGAGCUCAUCCGGCGCACCGAUUCGAAGGAGGAGACGACCAUGGCUAGCCCGAGGACGAGCGGGGGAUCGCUAGAGCGGCUGACUUGAUUAUGGGCGACAUGGGUCCUGACUUAGAAGUCCGAGUCCAAUCGGAGGCUCUGAUGGGCGGAUCGGAGGACGCGCUGGCCAAUGUGUCAGUCGGCAAGGAGAACGGGACUGCCGUUCCCCAAGAUCCCAAAGCUAAAGCAGUGCGCUGUUUGAGUAACUGCCAGGACGGCAGCUUCAGUGUGGAGGAUUUGCACGAUGGCAAGAUGCCCGAUGGGGACAGGAAUUCCGAUGUCGAUAUAAUUGAUCGCAAAAAUCCUACCAAAGAAGGCCCAUUUGAAGGUGGCCAAGGGGAUACGACUGAAUAUUCUAGUUCAUUCGGUGAUACAUCAUCUGGCUCUGAGAAUAAUUUAGUUAUGAGUGAUGGUGAAGUUGAUUCACAGUAUCUUGGUCACAAUAUGCCAGGAUUUCAUUAUCCUGGACAGAGUGAACUCUAUCUAACAAGGAGAAAGCUGACAGAUCACUGGAGAAGGUUUAUACAGCCUCUUAAGUGGCGAUGUAAAUGGAUAGAACUGCGGAUUAAUCAGUUGAACUCCCAAGCACGAAAGUAUGAUAGGAAACUGGAAGAGCACAAGCAAAAGAAGGAACUUACUUUUGAAAGACCAGAAUUGCAGGAUUUUAAUGCCAAGUCAUGUGCAUUUUCUGGUCAACUCUCAAGAGAGAAAGUCAUGAUGAGGAGAAAAAGAAAAAGAGUAGAAGAGACACAAGAUAUAGCAUCAUAUAUGUCACAGCAUAACUUGUUCUCCUAUUGUGAUAGAAAGUCCCGUGCAGAUCAUACUCAUAUGGAAAUUCGUCGCGGCAAUCAAGUAGGUGAUAGUGUUGGUGAUUCACUUGAUUUUGGAGAUGGGGCAAAUUCCCUGGAGCAAAUACUUGCUAAGAUUGAGAAAGCAAAGUCUCACAUAUGCGAGUUGAAAGCACGGAUGGAAAAGGUGUUAAGUGAAAAUCCUGGAAAGUUCUCUUCGGUUAAUAGGUUGAGCAUGCUGCCACCGAAAGAUGAGUUGACCAGCUCUGAUAAAAAACAGGCAUCUCAUUAUGGGAAUGGACUUGUAUCUUCUUGUAAAUCUGUCCAUACAGCAUCUCUGCAACUAUCAAACCACAAUUUAGAUGAUAUACUUCUGCCUGAAACUGCAAAUUCAACACUUGGAGAGGCAACUCCUUUGCCCAAUAUCAUUGAGAGCACAGAUCAGACAUCUAGAGGGGUUUCUUGUGAUAAUACUGAGGAAGAAAUUCUGACGAAUGAGCAGGCAGUGGAGGAAAAAUCACUUGAUCUAGUAGAGUUCAGAAAUCGGCUUAUCAUGGGUGAGAAGCCUGGGGAACCAUUGGAACUGCAGGAAACUGAAACCGACUCUCUGCUUUCGCCUUUGAAAUCUGAAACUGAUUCUCUUGGAAAAGGAUGUAGUUUGAAAUCUCCUCCAAUUUGCAAGACCUAUGUACGUAGCAAACUUAGGAGGCGAAGUCGGCGAGCAGCUAUGCGUCGAUGGAGCCGGAAAUCCUCCGGUUAGGUGAGGCUGCAGAUAGUUGUAACAGUUGGAGAAGUGUUCUGUGAGAGAGGAAGGAUAGUUUAUAUAGUUUCUGCUUCUGAAAACGUGAGUUGUAUAGGUCUGCGUGUUCUAAUUGUAUAUUCUCUGUUCAUCCUCUCCCUCUUCCCCUAUGGAUUUUAUAUUCUCUGGUGGAACUGGAGACACUUUACGUUCAUUUGGAAGACGAACAUGAAUCCAAUAGGUCUUGGUUUUCUUUACCGGGAGUAUUAUUUCCCUAUACAUUUCGGGGUUCAAAUGGUCUAUUGAAGUUCCGUCUUAUCA